UAGUUGGAUACCAGAUAGGGUUUGGGACAGAAGAAGGCAUGAUUGAUGUUGUACCAUUAACAAAUCUCGGCCAUUAUGAAUAUGAUGCUUGUGUCUACUCAUUCACUGACAUGACCACUCUGGUGCACAACACAACCUACUAUACUAUUCUCUAUGCCUUUAAUGGGGGUCAUCGACAACUCAACGUCUCGGUGAUAUCAGAUGGAGGUUUGAUGUCGACAUUUGCCAGUUUUCUUAAAUUGAAUCAAUGUUUAGAUAAGAUACCUACUCAACCGUAUUUAAUUGUAUACAUACUUUUUUGGGAACAUUGAAUAG